UUUUUUUUUUGUUUUUUUUUUGUUUUUGGAGGGGUUGCGGAUUUGCGAUUACAACGAAAAUUUAAGGGAAGAUUUGCGACGACGACGACGACGACGACGGAAAAGGUGAACUUGGGAAGGGAAAAAAUCGUGGCGUUUUUUACUUUGGGAAGAAGGCUCCUCCACGCCGCUGGUGGGAGAGGUGGUACCUCGCAGGCUGCUUCUUCUUUCUUCUUUGGCAGCAGAGGGUUGUACUCGACCAUGGCAACGGCUCCGACAACAGAUGCCCCAGCGGCGGCGACGGGGAAGAAGUUGCACGGGAGGGAGUUCUACGAGAGUAUCGGGUCGCCAAAGUAUAUCCUCGCGCCAAUGGUUGAUCAGUCCGAAUUUGCCUGGCGUAUGCUCUCCCGCUCAUUCAUGCCCCCCGAGCUGCAGUCAAAACUCCUCGCCUACACCCCCAUGUUCCACGCCCGAUUGUUCUCCCAAGAUGCUCCGAAGCCGCCCUACAACAAAUACCGCGACUCGCACUUCCAGUGCGUCCUCCCCAAAGACCCCGCCACCCUCUGGCUCGACGGCAACCCCCUUGUCGGCGACAGGCCGCUGUUUGUACAAUUCUGCGCCAACGACCCCCAGCACUUGCUGGCUGCUGCCUUAAAAGUCGCCCCCUACUGCGACGCGGUAGACCUCAACCUCGGCUGCCCGCAAGGUAUCGCCAAAAAGGGGCACUACGGCAGUUUCUUGCAGGAGGAUCAGGAGUUGAUUUAUAGGCUGAUCAACACCCUUCACGAGAAUCUUCCCAUCCCAGUAACGGCCAAGAUUAGGAUUUUGGAAACAAAGGAGAAGACGCUGGAGUACGCAAAGAAUGUGUUGAGUGCCGGGGCGAGUAUAUUGACUGUUCACGGGAGGAGGAGGGAGCAGAAGAGCCAUUUGACGGGGGUGGCGGAUUGGGAGUAUAUUCGGUAUUUGAGGGAUAACCUACCGGCGGAGACGGUCAUUUUUGCGAACGGGAAUGUUCUGGAGCACGGGGAUAUCGAGGAGUGUAUUGCUGCUACAGGGGCGGAUGGGGUUAUGUCUGCUGAGGGGAACUUGUCUAACCCGGCGAUUUUUGCGCCUGAGCCUCAGCCGGGGGCGUUUGAGGAUGAGUUCUGGAGGGGGAGGGAUGGGAAGGGGGGAUGGAGGGUUGAUGCUGUUUUUAGACGGUAUCUGGAUAUUUUACACAAGUAUGUGAAGGGGGGUGAGCCACCGGCGAGGAGGCCAUUGUUUGUACCUGGGAAGGGGAUGGAUACGGAGUGGAUGAAGGAGGAGAUUGUGAUCCCGCCGAAAAAGGGGUCGAAAUCAGAGGCAUUCGGUAACCCCAACUAUGGUGCCCUUCAGGCGCACAUGUUCCACCUCUUACGGCACUUUGUCUCAAAGCACCAUGAUGUAAGAGAUGCAUUGGCUAGGGCGAGAUUAGGAGAGUUGGAGCAGUUUGAGGGGAUAUACAAGAUGGUUGAGAAGAAGGUUGCGGAGGGACUCAUCGAGUACGAGGAGACGGAUGGGAAGUCGAUGGAGGAUCCUGCGGAGGAAGAGAGGUUAAAGAAGCUGGUGGAGGAGAUGGGUCCGGCGGAGACGAGCGCGACGGCGAUUUUGAGGUGUAAGAGGCCUUGGUGGUGUGUGCAGCCUAUCAUUCGGCCGUUGCCCAAGGAGGCGAUGGCUAGAGGUGCGAUUCAGCCGGGGAAGAAGGAUAAGAAGCGGGUAGCGGAGGAGGAGGCCAACGGCGGUGAGAAGAGGGUGAAGGGCGAUGAGACAAAUGGGAGGGAUGCUAAGGUGGUAGAGGCCGUGAAAGAGGAGCUGGAGAAGCAGACGGAGUUCCAAACGAGCGAGCUUGUUAGCGGCUGAAAUCUCGAGGGAAUAUAGAUGAAUAAAUGAUCAUCACUGCGAA